GACGUGAGCAUCGACGCAAUACGGCAGUUGGAGGUUUCCGUGCCGGGCGGGUCACCGCUUUCUCCUUCGCUGAGGGCUUGCCGACUCCUCCGUCAUGGAGUCUGUGGACCGAGCCACGCGCUUCUUGCUGCCUUAUUUGACCCACUGUUCUGUGCGGCGGAUGAUGCCCUGGGCGUUGAUGAGCUUCAUGGUGAUCGGAUCCCUUGUUAAAGAAUUAAUGCCGCCGGCUGCUACUUACCUGAGUAACAAGCGCAACGUGCUCAAUGUCUAUUUUGUGAAAUUUGCUUGGGCCUGGACAUUCUGCCUGCUGUUUCCGUUCAUCUCUCUCACCAACUACAAUGUCCUCCAGAAUAUUUUGCCUGUACUUGUUCGCCUUUUCUCACUACUGGUUGGCACUAUCAUUUGGUAUACAUGCACAAGUACAUUUUUGUUCAUUCAAGACUUCACAGGCAGUUGUUACAAAUCACCAACCCUUGCUGUAGUGACUCAAGAACAUUCCAACCAACUACAGUGCCUACAAGCUGGUGGGAUAUGGCAAAAUUUUGAUAUCUCAGGACAUUCCUUCCUCCUUUCAUAUUGUGUUUUAAUGAUUCUAGAAGAAAUGGCUGUGAUGCCCAGUGUGAAAACUUUUAGUGGUUCUAGAUUGCACACAGUGGUGACCAGUUUGUUCUUAGCACUGGCUUGUUUGACUUUUAUCUGGCUUUUCAUGCUUCUUACUACUGCUGUAUAUUUCCAUGAUUUUUGGGACAAGAUUUUUGGCACUUUGGUGGGCCUCUCUGCUUGGUAUGGAACAUACAGGUUUUGGUACAAGUCACCCUUAUCUCCUGGAUUUCCUCCCCAAAGAACCCUUUAUUUCCCAAAACCUAAUCGUAGGCUAUAAAAUCAGUUUGUUGAUCAGAUUCUGUUUUAAAGAAUAUUCAUUUUUAAUUAUCUAAAUUUAUUUCCCAAAGUCUAAUUGUAGGCUAUAAGAUCAGUUUGUGGAUCAGAACCUGUUAUAACAAAUACUCAUUUUUAAUUAUUUAAAUUUUAAAACAACUAUUAAUAUGAAGUGAGUGGUAAAAGACCAAAUACUGUUUGUAUUAUGAGUUUGCGAUAUAAUUCUUGAAAGUGGUUGCUAUAUUAAUAAUAUCAGUACCUUGUUAAUCUUGGCUAACUAAAUGGAAACUGUUGACCAGAUUGGUACUAGAAUAACCUGAGAGGAAAAUACUUUUAAAAACCAUACUUUUGACUAUGAAGAGGCAAUUUUAAUAGACAAUAAUGCACUUAGAUGCAAAACUCAUAUGUAAGGACUCGAUAAAUGGACAUAUUUUUGGUUAGAUAAAUUAGAUAAGAUAAAUUGGCCAAGAAUAUACCUUAUUUGAGGAUUUGAUAAUUAACCAAAUGAUAGAUAUUUAAAUAUUUUCUCUCAAAUGAUCUCGCUUGAAGAUAUAAAACAAAGUUUUCUUUGAGUUUGAUUUAAAUCCAUAUAUUAAAACAAAAAUGGAUAGCCAGAUUAGUUUAUAGUAUUUAUUGCCAUUAUUAAAACAACUGUCCCCGCCAUUCUGUUUAUUUCAACACUCAACUUUGUACAGAUGAAAUAGCUUGCAUCAUGCACCAUUUUUUCUAUAAUUUAUCUGGCUUAGAAUCUUUAAAAUGUCUUAUGUGUGUUUUUGGCAACAUAGUACUCCUGAAUGUCACAAAAUGCUUUAUAUCUGCAAUCAAAGCUAUCCUGUUAGAGCAGGCUGUUGCUUGCAAGAUUGCAGCUUUCACAUUCUCUGCUCUUCCAGUUCUUAAUUAAAGAUGGCAGUUAGGAAAUCUAUAGCAAUAUUCUAAUUUAUUGUACAUGAGAGUUAUAUAGAAAAAGUAUAUUGGUUUUUAUAGCCAUCUGUCACAACAGGAAAAAAAUAAUCUUAUUUAAAAACUAUUGUUUAGGUUCAUUGGAUACUUUUCUUGCAUGGUACAACCUUACAAUGUUAAUAUAUUUAUAUUAAUUGUGUUUUCUACAGUUUUGCACUUUGACUAAAGGUAUUACACUACAAGUGCAAUUAUUUUUAAUACAAUUGGAAAAUAAUCCAGUUGUAAUGAAUGUUGCUGCUUUAUAUAUUAUAUCCAGCCUACUAAAUUUUAUGAUCUCCUACUAUACAUUUAAAAGUCAAAACUGCAUAGUUUGCAGCUACUAAGCUAAAGUGAGGAUCUUUUUUGAGUCAGACAACACUUUUUUUUAAAAAAAAAUUAAUUUCCAAGGCCAUGCUAGGCAUGUACUGAUACCACUGGAGGCAUUGGUUCUGAAAAUAUUUGCUGUCUUUGUGUCUCUAUGUUUGAUUGUUUUUUAAGUUUUGGGGGGAUUUUUAGAUGGAAAGUAGGUAUGUCUUAUGGAAGCCUAGCACACUUAUCUUAAGUUUAUGUCCCCCCAGAAAUAAAUGUUACAUUAAUAAAUAUUACACAUAAAUAUCUUGGGAGUUUAAAAAUGUGAUUGCAUGUUGUCUAUGAUUUGCUCAAGCUUGUGCUAACUUUUCAGUUUUCUAAUUGUCUUGAUAGAGGUUGCUAACUUAACUCCAGAGCUUUCAGGUUUGGAUAUGAUUGAAACACUAAAUAGUUUGAAGUCUUCAUGUUAAUUAUAUUACUUACAAACUGCCUGAGUUCAGGAGUUCGUAUUAACAGGCAUGCCAUUUCAAGUACUUUUGAUUUGUAUGGUACCUCUCUAUAUACUAUAAGAUAGAUACUUGGAAAGUCAUGCAGUCAAAUUUGUGUGUGCUAGCUACUUAAAGAUGAAAUUCUUAUGUCAUUUCCCCUGAUUUAAAUAAUGCCUUAGUGAAAAGGUAUAAGAAUAGUCACAUUGGCAAUGAAACUUGGGAGUUUUAUGGAGGUGGAAAUUUGAGAUCAAUGGUAUAUAUCAGUGGAAUUAGAAGCAGACUUAGUUUAUAUUACCAUUAUUGGUCUUGUAAGCUCUUUUGGAAUCUUCUGUGAAAAGAAAUAUGCAUUUAUCUAUGUAGGUUAGUUUAUCAUGAACUGAGCUAUAUAGUAUAUGAGGAGCAGCCUUUAUGGCUGGCAACCCAUCUUCCAGUCAGGUUACAUUCAUGGCUCCUGUAAUUCUUCCACAUAUUCCAGUAUACAAAUUGGUUCCAUGUUGUGUUGUACUGUACUGAAGAAUUAGUGAAUUCUUAAGCAAUCCCUAAGUAUUAUACAUUUCCGUUGGCUGAAAUUUUUCUCAGCAUUGCUAUACACAGACUUACAUAAAGUAUAUUUGCUAUAAUAUUUUUCAUAUUUCUUAAGCACUGGUUUUGUAUUGUUUAAAAAAGGGUUGAGAGAAGUGAAGUGAAAUGCAUAUAUUUUACAGAUAUGUACAUUUUGUUAACUGUGUAUGAUGUAUCAACAUUGUUAUUGUAUAGGCAAGCAUUCUAUAAACAAUUCUUUUUUUUUAGCUAAACUACUUAUAUUGCCAGUUGUGUUACAGUAAUGUCUUAAUCUGAAACAUAUUUUAAUACAUAUUAUUAGGUAAAAAGCACUGCUUUUUCUCCCCUACCUCUUAAUGUAAUUUGUGCCAUGAUGGUGUAGCAAUUGGUGUACCAGUAAAAUAGAAUUGUUGAUGUAUUUUGCUAACUGUAAUGGACAACAGAUUAAUCUGUGCUUCCCGAAGUGGGCAAACAAAGUAAAGCUCUGAGUAUCUCAUGA